AUGCCCUCGAACAUCCAGGUCUUCGUGAAAUGGAAAGAUCAGACGAUCUUUGCCGGAGAAGACGUGGAAUGUAUCAUCACCUUCAAGAACGUCGCCGAUAAGGGCCCUGAAGCUGGCAAUGGCGCCGAGGGAGCUUCCCAUCAGCGGAAACUGUCUCGUGUCGCGAACCACACCCAAAACUCCAACUCGGACUCGUUUUUCUCCUUCAGAUCCCCCCAGAGCCUCUUCUCGAGCCGGCGAUCCUAUUCCAUUGUUGCCUCGCAUAGCUUCCCGCCGACCAGUACCCCCUCCACACCUCGCAGUUGGCAGCCAGGUCACAGCCACAAACGAUCCGUUUCAAUUCUUUCUAUCGAUAGCGAGGGUAAACCGGAGCAAACACCUUUACCUCACCAUUUUAACCGCCCUAGGCCAGUCAGGGGCCAUGGGCGUUCGGCCAGUCUUCAGGUUGCCCCCCGGAGGAACAACAGCUACGAGGAAUCCUAUCGCAAAGGCACGCAUAUUAUCCCCGCUGAGCCCUCUUCUAUAAGAGUGGGAAGAACUCCCUUCCGUGGCCCUCCAUUGACAGAGUCUCCGGACGAGUCCCCCAGCAGUAACCUGAAAGUCGACACAACUCCCUCGAGGCGGACCAGCCGACCCGGUUCCAUUGCGAACAGCCCCAUUGUUCCAACUGAGCCACUGCGCGCAUCAGCGCGAAGACCUCAGCCGCCCCCCAUUGAUUUCAAGUUUCCAGCUGCCCCUCCAAGUGAACCGAACAGCCGUCCUGGUUCUUCUCCUUCCCCCAGAGCAAGCGAAACAAAUGGUAUCUCAUCUCAUGGAGGAAGACCAUCACGCAGGGACGCCUCCAAUUCAGUGGCCCCCGCACAUCAGCAGCUUACGCGAAUUCUAUCAGCGACCAGUGUCAAUGGGAGCAACCGGAGCAGUGGCGAGUUCUACUCUAUCAGUGACCACUCUUCCGAGACGCUUGCUUCUGAAUACACCAAUACUUCGAUGCAGGGCGGGCGAGCGCCCCCUCCUGUGCGACAUGGGAGACACUACUCGACCGCAGUGGUUUCUUCUAGCAAAGGCACCGACAACCAGGCACUGCUGAUGGGAUACGCGCAGGUCAGCGCCUCAUUCACGGUCGACGGCUCGCUGGUCAACCAGUCGGCCUUCGAUGAGGUCAAACGAAAAGGAGUCGUCGGUGGUCAAGCCGGUGGGGGCGGGCUUCCGGGGCGGGCCACCCCUGCUAGCGCUGAGCGCUCGCGCAAAGGGGGUGGGUUUUGGGGGGCUCUGAAGUGGAACUCCAUUGAAGAGUCGAUCAAUGGUUUUAUGUCGAAUAAUGAGUUGGAUGGCCUGCGAGAAAUGCGCGGCGUCGCCUCCUCGCGAUCAAUCCCGUUGUUGUCCACCUCCCAAUCGCUUCUUUUCGUUGAUCUCCGACUGGCUCCAGGCGAAGAACAGUCGUAUUCAUUCUCCUUCACUCUUCCCAAAGGGCUCCCGGCGAGCCACAAGGGCAAAGCAAUCAAAAUUUCCUACAAUCUGGUCAUCGGGACUCAACGGCCGAGCGGAGCCAAUGAGCCUCAGCGAGUGCACCGUGUCAACAUCCCGUUCCGUGUGUUCAGCGGUGUCAACGAAAAAGGAGACAUUCUCGGCCAUGACUUGAUGUCACCCUAUGUGCUUCUGCGCGAUGAAGCCAAAGUACAAAAGGUCGGGCUGAACCCGCCAGCUCCUGUGAAAAACCCAAGCGUCAGUGGGCCAUGGCACUCAGCCACGGAUUUUCUAUCUUAUGUGGAUGAUAUCCUCGAACAGCGUGCGCGCUCCAACACUCUGUUCCCACCCGGUGCACUCCCCGAAAGACGGCCGAGCCACGAAGGACUCCGGCAAGCACUGUCUUGCAAGGAUACUAUCGAUCUGGCGAUUCUCCGCAGCAAUCAGGCCAUUCAAUCACGGCGCAGCCCCAACCGUUUCGAUAUCGCUCGCGAGGGGCAACGCAUUGCGGUCGUUGUCUUAAACCGGCCAGUUCAUCGACUGGGGGAAACGAUCGUCGCCACGGUAGAUUUUGGCAAUGCCGCAGUUCCUUGUUACGCCGUAAGAGCAUCCUUGGAAACCUCGGAGAAAGUCAUGCCCACUCUGGCUGUUCGGUCCGGUGCCAGUAUCCACCGAGCUACUCGCCGCAUCCACGCAUCCUUGUUCGAGAACACGCUACACGCCACUCGCGUUGUGUUUAGUCCGGCAAUCCCUGUCGCGUCCACCCCGUCGGUUCUCACUAGUGGGGUGACCAUUGAUUGGGAUCUGCGAUUCGAGUUUGUUACGCCAAACAACCCUGGGGAACAAGGGCCCGGUCCAUCUGGGACGCGCCUGCUUGAGACCUUGUCCUCCGAUGAUCGCGGCAAAGUCAUGUCUGCCAUGGAGCAUUUGAAUUGCGAAUCGUUUGAAAUCUCUAUCCCACUCACGGUGUACGGCGAGACUGUGCGGGAACGGAUGCCAGAGGAGGCUGAGGGGUAUUCAAUCUAG